GGGAGCUAGAUGAACUUCCGCUUUCGCUUUGUUUGAUACGUCGGCAAAGACGCAAAAUUCGGAAGUUGCUUCUUUUCAUAGUCUUUUGUGAAAAUGGGCAGUAAGUCUAUGAAAACAUCGAAAACUGUGAUUCUUUUGUGUUGUGCAGUAGGAACUCUGUUGUCUGUAUAUGCUUUGUAUGUAGAAAUAAAUGCAGAACACGAUAAAAAUUACCGCGCUAGCUGUGAUAUCAGUCCCACGGUCAGUUGCUCGAAAGUGUUUAAAUCAAGGUGGGGCAAAGGAUUUGGGCUGAUUGGACUUUUAAUUGGAGAUGAUCAUCCACUCAAUCUACCCAACAGUGUUUUUGGAAUUGUAUUUUACACACUGCAGGUUGCCUUAACCUUCUCCUCCUCGCCUUCCCUUGCCUCUCUACAGUUUUACACCAGUGCCUUAUCCAACUUGGCAUCAGUGUAUCUAGGAUAUAUCCUGUAUUUUAUUCUAAAGGACUUGUGUGUUGUCUGUAUGUCAACGUAUAUAACAAAUGCUGUUCUUCUAGUAGCUAUUUAUAACAAAAAUAAAGCCAUGCAAGAGGCCAAAAAGACUAAAGAAAAGAGAAAACAGAAGUGAAAAAUGUAUUGGAUAAUGAACAUCAUGAAUCAUGUUAAAACAUGGCUUGAUUCUGUCGGCAUAAUGUAUAAAUGAACUGGUUGUGUGUUGUGUAUCAAUGAACAGUAGAUGUAUGUAGCAAAUCAGUUUUUACAAAAGUUUUUGAAAGUAUGUUCAUAAAAAUUACCAUCACAUAUCCAGAACUGUCACAUUAAUCUAAAAGAGCAGGUGCCAUCAUUUUCUGAAUGAAAGCCAAUACGGGGUAUACAGGCUUAUGACAAAUGAUAAGCUAUUUUGAUAUGGAAUGUUAUUUUAAGUUCACUUGAUCCAGAUUAGUCUGGUGUCUGUUCUGUCCAUGCAUCUCAAGCCACUCCAAGACAUUUUCAACUUCUGAAUCACUAUCAUCUAAAGCAAUUAAGCAUUCUAGGGUAAAAAAGGUUUAAAUGAAGCUAUUUUUAUUCUCCCUUAACAUACAAUGAAACUUAAGCUCAAACUGAAAGCAUGUCCUCAAAACUUUUACAUUAUUUUUUUUUAAAAGAUUCUACUUUUACAUUGUUUUAGUAUUUUGCAUCUGCCAGUUUUUCUUGGAUGGUGUACCAAAAUCUUUACUCAUAUUUUUUUUGUGCCAUAGAAUUGUGAUUAUAUUUGAAAUACAUUUAGAAAUUACAACUCAAAAUAAAAAAUUUGUGUCUUUUGCUAUUUUCUUGCAUUUAACAUAUUUUGUGAGGAGUGUUUCUCACUAUCCUAUCAUAUUCUGUGAUUAUAUUUGAAAUACAUUUAGAAAGUACAACUCAAAAAAAAAAAUUCAUGUCUUUUGCUAUUUUCUUGCAUUUAACAUAUUUUGUGAGGAGUGUUUCUCACUAUCCUAUCAUAUUCCUGAUUUGUAAAGAAAUAUUAAAUAAAGUGUAUUUUUGUG